AGAAAAGCAGCCAUUUCUAACAACAACAACAACAAAAAAAAAACUAUUUUCGCUUUGCUUCAGUAAGCAUCCUUUUUUUUCUUUUCUAUUUUCCCUCCAUUUCACUAUUUCCUGCGCACCCGUAACUUCGACGCGCCGAGCGCUUUGAACUGAUCAGUGCGGAGCGCUUGAACUCAGGAGAAUGGCAGACUCGGCGGCGAACAACAGCGACGGGGAGGACGGACCCAAGCAGCCCAUGCGGGGCUUCGCGCGCCAGGGCGCACUACGGCAGAAGAACGUUCACGAGGUGAAAGACCACAAAUUCAUCGCGCGCUUCUUCAAGCAGCCCACCUUCUGCAGCCACUGCACAGACUUCAUCUGGGGAUUUGGCAAGCAGGGAUUCCAGUGUCAAGUGUGUUGUUUCGUGGUUCACAAGCGUUGCCAUGAGUUUGUCACUUUCUCCUGUCCCGGCGCGGACAAAGGACCUGCCUCAGAUGACCCCAGGGCAAAGCAUAAAUUUAAGAUCCACACCUACUCCAGCCCCACCUUCUGUGACCAUUGCGGCUCCCUACUGUACGGCCUCAUACACCAGGGAAUGAGAUGUGACCACUGUAUGAUGAACAUCCACAAGCGCUGCGUUCCCAAUGUGCCGAAUCUGUGUGGAACAGACCACACUGAGAGGAGAGGCCGUAUCGAGAUCAGUGCUGAGGUCAAGACUAAUGUUCUCACCGUCACUAUUAAACAGGCCAGGAAUCUGAUUCCUAUGGACCCCAAUGGUCUGUCAGACCCCUACGUGAAGCUGAAGUUGGUCCCAGACCCACGCAGUGAGAGCAAACAGAAGACCAAGACUAUGAAGUGUAACCUAAACCCCGUAUGGAAUGAGACCUUCAAAUUCCACCUGAAGGAGUAUGAUAAGGACCGCCGCCUGUCGGUGGAGGUGUGGGACUGGGACCUGACCAGCCGCAACGACUUUAUGGGAUCGCUGUCCUUUGGCAUUUCAGAGCUUCAGAAACAAGGGGUGGAUGGCUGGUUUAAGCUCCUUUCUCAGGAAGAAGGCGAAUACUUCAAUGUUCCCGUGGCUCCGGAGGGAGAGGAGGGCAACGAGGAGCUACGGCAGAAAUUUGAGAGAGCUAAAAUUGCAGUAGGCAAGAACAUGGAAGGAAAGUCAGCAAAUGCAGCCUCCAGGUUCGACAACAACGGCAACCAGGAUCGCAUAAGGCUGUCGGACUUUAACUUCCUGAUGGUGCUGGGCAAGGGCAGCUUUGGCAAGGUGAUGCUGGCAGAGCGUAAAGGAACAGAGGAGUUGUAUGCCAUAAAGAUCCUGAAAAAGGAUGUGGUUAUCCAAGACGACGACGUUGAGUGCACCAUGGUGGAGAAGAGGGUGUUGGCUUUGAGCGGAAAGCCUCCUUUUUUAACACAGCUGCACUCCACCUUCCAGACCAUGGACCGUUUGUAUUUUGUCAUGGAGUACAUAAAUGGUGGAGACCUCAUGUAUCAGAUACAGCAGGUUGGAAAGUUCAAAGAGCCCCAUGCUGUGUUCUACGCUGCUGAGAUAGCCAUCGGUUUAUUUUUCCUACAUCAAAAGGGCAUCAUCUACAGGGACCUGAAGCUGGAUAACGUAAUGCUGGACUGUGAGGGCCACAUUAAGAUCGCAGACUUUGGUAUGUGCAAAGAAAACAUGCUUGACGGAGUCACAACCAAGACCUUCUGUGGAACCCCAGACUACAUCGCUCCUGAGAUUAUUGCCUAUCAACCUUAUGGAAAAUCUGUGGACUGGUGGGCCUUCGGAGUAUUGCUUUAUGAAAUGUUGGCAGGACAGCCCCCGUUCGAUGGUGAGGAUGAGGAUGAGCUGUUUCAGUCCAUUAUGGAGCAUCACGUCUCCUAUCCCAAGUCGAUGUCUAAGGAAGCUGUCGCCAUAUGUAAAGGACUGAUGACGAAGCAUCCAGCCAAACGACUGGGCUGUGGUCCAGAGGGGGAGAGGGAUAUCAGGGAGCACAGCUUCUUCCGCUACAUGGACUGGGAGAAACUGGAGAACAAGGAAGUCCAACCCCCAUUCAAACCCAGAGCUAAAAACCGUAGGGACACCUGUAACUUCGACAAGGAGUUCACCAAGAUGGCUACGGACCUGACGCCGACGGACAAGCUUGUCAUCAUGAACCUGGACCAGGACGAGUUCCUCGGCUUCUCUUUCACCAACCCCGAAUAUGUGGCACCUCCUAAUUAAUGCAAUAUAAGGACCUGAACAUGCAACAACGAGAGUUAGAAAAUAAGGUUUAGUAUAAAACUGAGGCACAAAACCCUACAAAAUUGCUGUUAUAUUGUGUUCACCAAAUGUUUGUUUCUCUUUUAGAUGUUUUAGGUUUGUCUAAAUAACUAAUCCCAAAGAUUUGGAAGCAGUAGAUUAUGAGAUCUGUUUUUUCCUAAGAAAAUUUGUGGAAAAUAAUUAUCAAACCCAGUAUGACCUGACUGACUACUAAUCAAGUUCUGAGUGCUACCUUUUGAAAUAUUAAUUUUACUCUUUCAAGAGAAAUGCAGUUUAAAUGGCAACUACAUAUUUUAAAGGUAUGUCUUUUUAAAUAUCAUAACUGGCCUCAACGUUUUCCAUAGUUUUGAGUCCUUGAAUGCAAUCUUUUGUUUGUUCUUAAAGUUAAAAAGAACAAUUCAAAGCACCGAUCUUAUUCAUCUGUUUUCACUUUUUUCAUUUGUUUCAUUUGUUAUAACAGCAUUAAUGAUGUGCCAUGAUUUCAUGGUAGCUAUGUAAAGUUUUGUAUGUUUUUCAUCUCUUUGUAGGAAUAAGAGAAAAGUAGUAGACUUUAUAACUACUAAAACAUACUUCCAUAUUUUUAGAAUCAAUGCUGAUGGUCUUUUUGCUCCCAUUCAAUGAAGAAGAGAAUGAGACCCAGAUAGACACCAUGGGUGGUACUUUGACCCUUUCUCUGUGUGCAUGAGUCUCACUGUAAACAUUUCACAAAAACUAUCGGAGUGGAGGAUGUCUGAUGAGAAGGUCUCUCUAAACCUUUUUCAUAUUUUCUCAUAUAAUCACGUAUUGCAUUCUCUACACAUGAUUUUAAAGCUGUGUCCUUUUUUACUGGAUCCCUUUUUUUACUUUGGCACAAAGUAAUGUUGUAUGAGACCACACCAACCGAGACCAAGGAGAACCAAGACCACGACAAGACCAAAACCAAAACCUUUAGAGACCAAGACCAAGAUUAAGACCUUUAGAGGCAAAGACCAAGACCUUUAGAGGCCAAGACAAGAUCAAGACCUUUAGGGGCAGAGAUCAAGACAAAGACCUUAUAUGGUCUUGGCCUGUAAAAGUCUUCGCCUUGUCUUGGUCCUGGCCUUUAAAGGUCUUUGUCUUGUCUUGGGCUCUGCCAUGAAAUGUCUUGGCCUUGUAUUGGUCUUAGCCUCUAAAGAUUUUGUCUUGGUCUUGGUCUCAAAGGGUCUUGGCCUUGUUUUGAUCUUGUCUCAGUACUCCUUGGUCUCAGUUGAUGUGGUCUUGACUACAACAGGUCUGACACUAAGAUUAGAAUGAACUGGAAGUUUGAGCAAUACAGCAGACAGUGAAGCAGCUGCACACAUGCACAUAAGCAGCCACAGGAGCACAAGUGAUCUGCUUUUACAGCACCCAGGUGAGAGAUUUUACCGACAGCAAUAAGAGCAGGGAUUUGGACAUUUUUUUUCCAUUUUGUGAUACAUUUUAGGACAUCUGUAUUGAUUUUAUUUAUUUUUUUUCUGUGUGUGUAAGCAUAUUGUGCCUUGCAAAAGUAUUCCUAACCCUUAAGAUGUUUUACAUUUCAGUGUGUUAAAACCACACAUUUCAAUGUAUUUUAUCAGGAAUUUAUGUGCCGAAAUAACUCAAAGAAGUGUUUGAUCAUUAAGUGGAAGGAAAUCUGUUUACAAAUAAUAAUCUGAAAAGUGCUAAAGGUUUUUUUUCAGCCCCAAGAAAUUUCAAUUUAGUUAGAGAUAGAUUCUGCUGCAACUGCAGCUGUUACUAUUAUUGUCUGUAUGAGCAUAUGUGGUAGCUUAUUUUCCUCUUUAAAAAGUCAAGCUUGCUCUGUUUGAAUGCAGAGUAUCUGUAAAGAUCUCUUUUUAGAGGCUGCUUCAGUUUUUUCAAUUUGAUCUAGGCAUGCACUGGGCUAAUCAGACACUUAUGUUUCAUUCAAACCAUGUUUUGGGGUUGCUAUCCUACUUUGAGUCUAAGCUAUCCCCCACUAUCACUAGCUUUUUGCAUCUUCUAGAAGGAAUUUUUACCAGAUAUUAAGAUUCUUCUUUAUAUAGUUCCUCCAUUUCCCAUGGAGCUUGCAUGCAUAAUGCUGCCAUCACCAUGUUUCACUAUGGGAAUGGUCUGUUUCUGCC